GAGCUUGAUACCGUCCCCUACGGUGGCCGUGUGGCUCAAAAUACGUGCCAAACUCCACGACGGGAAAGACGAGGUGACGCAAAUACACGCGUGGUGUCUGUUCACUGACGCUUAAAGUGUCGUUUUAAGGGUGUUUGAAUGGGUGGGAAGAAGAAGAAAUCAUCGGCGGGUGUUGCUGUGUCAGUGGCUCCCGGAGGAGCUACUGCAGCGGGCCGGGUUGGUGCUCCUGCAGCCGGGAACAGUGCGACGGAGGAGCCGAAGAAGCAAGCAACGAGCGGCAAGCAGAGCAAAACAGCCAAAGACAGCAAAUCGAAAGCUCCAAAGACCUACAGUCUUGCCAACACUGCCCAGGUGGACACAGGCGGCAUCUCGGAUAAAUCAAUCCUAAAAGUUGCCAUCCAGGCCGACUUGGAGAAGAAGAUCAUCAAGCUGAUCAAUGACUUCCGGCAGGAGAAUGGGGACAAAGGGCCUGUCUCGGGCAGACUUACUAACAAGAAGCUUUUGGAUCUGUACACGGCUCUGCAGAAGUUCAACUUCAAGAGGGAGCACAUAGAGGAGGCCAUGAAGAGCAGCGUGCUCUACGGCGGCGAUCUCCACUCUGCUCUCGAUUGGCUCUGCCUUAACCUUAAAGAUGACGAGUUGCCUGAAGGUUUCAGCCAGCAGAUGCAGGAGGAGAACCAGAGGAGUAGGCCCAGGUUCCAACCUCCUGCCCAGCAGCAGACCCCCGCAGCGCCAAGCCAGGCCACACCCAAAGCACCCUCCAGAGACACCACCAAGGACCCCAUCAAGGAUGAAGAUGCACGCAUGAAGGAUUGGAUCCUAAGGUAUGCCGAGCAAAGCAGUGAAGAGGAGGAGGAGGAGGAGGCUGAAGGAGGGACGAUCUCACGGCGUAAUCCAGAAUUGGAAGAAAAAUUUGACCCGAAUGACAGGUAUUUGAUCCUGACGGCUCAAUUGUAUGAUGCUAAAGAAAUGGCGAUGGCCGCCAAGACCAAAGGAGACAAAACGGGUCAACGGACGGCACAAGACAGAAUCCGCGUCAUACAGCAAGAAAUGAAGCAACUAGAGUCGCACCCCGUGUUCAAUCCGGCCAUAAAAGUGUCAGAGGUGUCCCAAAAAGACAAGAAGACUCCGCCUGUCAAUGACGACAAAGAAGAAGUCGGCUUCAGCUUGUUUGAACAGGCCGAAAAAGAACCCCCAGCAGAAAAGAAAGUCGUGAAGAAAAACGAGCCAAAGGACAUUCGGAAUUUUGACUACACAGCGCGCAGUUGGACUGGCAAGUCCCCCAAACAGUUUCUCAUCGACUGGGUGCGAAAAAAUCUCCCCAAAAGCCCCCCGCCAGCUUUCCAUAAGGUGGCUGCAGGCAGAUACUGGAGGUGUAGGGUGCGUGUUCAGAGGCCGGAUGAUGUCCUGGAAGUCUGUCCGACCAUCCUAACAGAGGACAGCAUGCAGGCUCAGCAUCUGGGAGCCACGUUGGCGCUCUACAACCUGGUGAAAGGACAGUCAGUGCACCAGCUCCUCCCACCAACCUACCGAGACGUGUGGCUGGAGUGGAGGGAUGGCGAGCAGCAGCAACAGGAAGAGAGCCGCACUGCCGCCAACAAGCCCCGGGACCAGUUCAUCGCCCGACUCCUGACCCGCCUCAAGCAGCAGCAGAACCGGGAGCAGGGCUCAAAUGGAUCUGAUGGCCACGUUGAGGUUGGCGGAGAUGCGGAGGAAGAACCCGAGGAGUCUUGGGAGAACCUGGCUGGUCUUGGCAUCACUGAAAAAGAAGGAGGGGGAGAUUCUGAGGGUAGAGGAGCCAGGAAGGAAAAAGAAGGAGCGCUGGAGAUGGCCAGAGAGCUCCUCAUGAAGAUGAGGAAAUCCCCACUGGCACGGAAAUUACAGGCGGAUCGAGAGCAGCUUCCCGUCUUCCAGCACCGCCAUCGCGUCCUGGAGGCCCUGCGGCGUCACCGUGUGGUGGUGGUGGCCGGCGAGACGGGCAGCGGGAAGAGCACGCAGAUCCCUCAGUUCCUCCUGGAGGAGCUGCUGCUCGGGCCGUCGGAGGCGGCGGAGCCCUGCAACAUCGUGGUGACGCAACCCCGACGAAUAUCCGCCAUGAGUCUAGCCUGCAGGGUCAGCCAGGAGAUGGGAUGUGAGGACGGACCGGGGUCGAAGUCGUCGCUGUGCGGCUACCAGAUUAGGAUGGAGAACCAGUCGGGUGAAUGGACCCGCUUGUUGUACUGCACCACUGGAGUUCUGCUUCGGAAGCUCCAGCACGACAAACACCUCAAUUCCUUAACCCACAUCAUUGUCGAUGAGGUUCACGAGCGCAGUGUCCAGUCCGACUUCCUGCUGACUAUCCUGAAAGACGUCGUUUUGAGGAGAUCCGACCUGCGGCUUAUCCUGAUGAGCGCCACGGUGGACUGCGACAAGUUUUCCAGCUACUUCAACCGAUGCCCCGUCGUCAGCAUUCCAGGGCGUACCUUCCCAGUGGAGGUGUUCCAUUUAGAGGAUAUAGUGGAGGAGACCGGAUACGUCCUGGAGAAAGACUCGGAAUACUGCCAGCGAAUCCUGGAAGAAGAAGAAGAAGUUAGCGUCGCCGUCACUCAAAAAGGUGGCAAGACGUUACAGCACCAGGAGGUGAUCAUAAGGGACUCGUCUCCAGGAUGGGAUCUGGGUCCCGACCUGGACCACUUCAGCAGCAGGACUCGCCAGGUGCUUCAGUACAUGAACCCGAACAAGAUCAACAUGGACCUGCUGGUUGAGCUCAUUGACUACCUCGAUAAAUCUCCACAAUUUGCACAACUGGAUGGCGCCGUUCUGGUGUUCCUGCCCGGUCUGGCUCACAUCCAGCAGAGCUACGACCUGCUUUCAUCAGACAAGAGGUUCAGGGACAAAAACAGGUACAGAAUUGUUGCUCUCCACUCGACGCUGUCAUCCAAGGAGCAGGCUGCGGCCUUCACAGUGCCCCCGUCUGGUGUCAGGAAGAUUGUGUUGUCGACUAACAUUGCUGAGACAGGUGUGACUAUUCCUGAUGUUGUUUUCGUCAUCGACACAGGAAAAACUAAAGAAAACAAGUACCAUGAAAGCAGCCAGAUGAGCUCCCUGGUGGAAACCUUUGUGUCCAAAGCCAGCGCCCUCCAGAGGCAGGGAAGAGCAGGACGGGUCCGCAACGGCUUCUGCUUCAGACUCUAUCCAAAAUACAGGUUUGAUGCUUUCAUGGAAUACUCUGUUCCAGAGAUACUUCGGGUCCCCCUGGAGGAGCUUUGCCUUCAUAUCAUGAAAUGCGAGUACGGCUCCCCGGAGGACUUCCUGAGUCGCGCCCUGGAUCCUCCUCAGCCUCAGUCGGUCAGCAACGCCGUCAACCUGCUGAGGAAGAUCGGCGCCUGUCAGCCCAGCAGUCACCUCCUCACCCCUCUGGGACAACAUCUGGCCAACCUGCCCGUCAACGUCAAGAUCGGCAAGAUGCUCAUCUACGGCGCCAUCUUUGGCUGCCUGGAGCCGAUUGCGACCAUCGCAGCAGCCAUUACAGAGAAGUCUCCCUUCUCCACACCCAUGAACAGGAAGGAGGAAGCCAACCUGGCCAAAGCGGCACUGGCGUUGGCCAACUCUGAUCACAUGACCAUAUACAAUGCAUAUCUAGGAUGGAAGAACUCCCAGAAGGAAGGACUUAAAGCGGAAAUGUCCUUCUGCCGAAAACACUUCCUCAAUCGCGCCGCUCUUGCGACUAUAGAGGAUGUGAAGCACGACCUGAUGAAGAUGAUGGAGCAGGCGGGCUUCUGCUCGUCUCGCGGUCCCGCCUCUCCGCGCACGCCGCCCCCGGCCGCGUCCAAGCAGAUGGUGUCCGUGCUGGGGUCGGUUCUGACAGCCGGCCUGUAUGACAGCGUGGCACGGAUCCUCUGCACCACCUCCGUGGACGUUCUGGAGCGGGUGGCGUGCUCGGCGGAGACACCGCAAGGCAAGGCCCAGGUGCAUCCUUCGUCGGUGAACCGCAACCUGCAGACACAUGGAUGGCUGCUCUACCAGGAGAAGGUGAAGUACACAAAGAUCUACCUACGAGACACCACUCUGAUAUCUCCCUUCCCAAUGCUGCUGUUUGGAGGAGACAUCGACAUCCAGCACAGAGAACGCCUCAUUACGCUGGACGGAUGGAUGCACUUCCAGGCUCCUGUGCGGAUCGGCGUGAUCUUCAAACACCUCAGGAAGCUGCUGGACUCCUUGCUGGAGAAGAAACUUGAAAACCCUCGCAUGAGUUUAGAAGGCGAGAGGACCAUCCAACUGAUUCUGGAUUUGAUCCGAUCAGAGCAUUCUUCGUAACAUCACCAGACAAAAUAUGUGGACUUGUGGAGCAUAUGAGAGGGUAUUUUGGUCCGCUCCUCUUGACAGAUACUCUCCAAAUUCUGAGGGUUUUGAGGCUGUCGCUUGGAAACUCAAAAGUUUAAAACUCAUCCGGAGAUGGAGGAUCUCAAUACACUUUGGGGCACUCCUUUGAUUGGCAUACAGAAUCUACACCCUGCAUCAUGAGAAGAGAAGAAAUGUCAAAUUGUCAACUGCCAAACAUGGUUGGAAUAAAGCAUUUUUAUUUAAAGGGGAAAUAUUAAUUCAAAUUUACUAUAUGUACAGAAUUUAAAUUAAAAUGGUCAGAUUUAUGGAGUGGGUGUGGGAUUCCAUUUUCCAAAUGUCACUGAUGUUACCCCUAAGGAUCACCUCCACCGCCCUACUUCACCCCAAAGGCAGUCUUCUUCCACACCAAACUCAUCCAAG